GGAUUGCUGGGAAGAAGAAGGAGGCUACCGAGGUUGAGCCUUUGGAGAGGGAAGUGUAGCAACAGCCACCCUCAAAAGACGGCAACAUCUGCACAAGGUGACGUCCACAUCUGCUCCGCCCCUCGACAACAUGAUGGAAGAGGAAAUCCGCGAGGACCAUGCCAAGCUGAAGCAGGGCCUGGUCAAAGUCCUCCAGUGCGUGGCCACCAUCUCCUCGGCAGCAGCUGUGGUUAACCCCAUCUUUGGCGUGGCGGGCUCUCUGAUCCGGGUGGUGCUGCACCACGUCGACGACGAGGACAUCCGCGUCCUGAAGAACGAGUUUGGCUCCGUCAACCGGGCCCUGGAUGGGCUCUCCCAGAUGAACAGCAACACGCUGGUGCAGAUCAAGAAAGAGACGCUGGACGGGCAGUACUGCUGCGUGGAGGAGAACCUGAAGAACCAGUUCCGGAUGUUCAUGAAAAUGGUGAACGCGCAGCCGGCGCACAGCGAACGCAAGAAGGACGACUUCGUGGAGAGCUACGCCAACGACUUGGGGGACCAGAACCUGCACACGCUCUACGACGGCGUGGUGGGCAAGUCGAAGCUCUUCAGCAGACCGAUCCUGGAGGUGUACCUGACGCACUCGCAAGGCGACCGCCACACCAUGGAGCGACUCUGCACGCGCCUCACCUACCUAUUCUGCAUCGGCCUCAUCGCCCUCAUGGGAUACGCCACCGUCAUCGGAGACGACGAGGAGGGUCUGAGCGAGGAGUGGGCCGAGAGGAUGCAGCAUGUGGAAGAGAAGAUGCAGGCGGUACUCGCCAGGUGCAAAUGAAGAAGAGCUUUUUUCCCUCCACUGCUGCUUUUCCUUCAUAGCCGGGACUCUCACGUCCACGCUUCCUCUUAACUUUCUCCCUCCUUCUAAACAUUUAAAGUCUUUGCUGAAAAAUAAUGAGCAACAAAACUACGCUAAAAGCGGUUUCAAUUGAAGCAGAAUGUUAGAGAUGAAUCUAUAACCAAAUCAUUGAAUCCUAUAGUAAGAGAUGCAUGCUACGUAGCACAUUUAAUUAAACUUGCAUCUAGGAAUAAGGUUUAAUAUGACUGUUCCACAUUAAGCACUUUUCUAAAAUAUUUGCCAAUUGCUGUAGUUUUUUGGCAUUAUUCUUUUACACUACAAUAUAAUCAGUUAGUUGGAAAAGGCAACUGAAUAAAACCUAAACGUGAGCAGUAACUUAUUUGAAAGAGGCUGCUGUCGUACUACGAUCCUGCCACUAGGGGGCCCUAUCUGCAUUCCAUAGAAUCCAAAAAGACUUGCAUAACACCAUAUUUUUGUGUUAUGCAAUUUACAUAACUGAGGGAGUUAAAGAAAUAUAUAAAUAUACAGUUAUAUACACAUACAAUAUUAUAAGCAAACCAAAACAAGGAACCGAUACCCAGAAGUUUCCAAAGCUAUGAAUGUAAAGACAAACUAAAUCAUAUAAACAUGUGCAAUGUUAACAGAGAUGUGCCACAUGUAUUGGAUGUUUGCAUGGCGCUCAUGAUACACUAUGCAUACUUGUUGCUUUCGAAAUGUUAUGUUAUUCGACACUAGUUUCUGAUGCCGUACAGAGUUCUUCAUUUUUAAUAGAAUUUCUAAUAUACACUAAGCGCACACAAACAAUCAGAUAUGUUUAACACUGAAUGAUACACUAAAAUAUUUUAGGUCAACUUAAACAUUAUGAAAUGUGCUUCUCUUUUCACUUCCUAAAAUGGUUUUAUGUUUUAUACACAACUGAGGUAUUUGACUUUCUAAAUGUUGUAUUGUAGGAAGUUAAAAUGUCACUGGAUUAAUCCUUUACACUUUAUUCCCUUUUACAUGUGUAGGGGGGCCGCACUACGUAUGUGAUGUGUAGAUGCAAUUACUGAUGGGUUUCUUUGGUGUGAGGCAUUAUAUAGGCUUUUUUUUCCCGCCUCUUAUGUAUUCAGUUAAGCCCGAGCGUUCUGAUUGGAGUUCUGGUUCGUCUCGUCAAUCACUCAUCUGACCAACGGUGCCUGAAUGUGCAGAUAGUUUUAUAUUAUUUUUGUAUGGGUUUUUUUUUUUCCCCGUUGUCUGCCUGAAUCAUUUGGCUAUGAUUGCUUGAGGCAUCGUGUUUUUGAAUUGUGUUCACACUACAGAUGUCAAAAGUUAUAGUUGAAAUAUAUUUUGUAAUUGUGUCUUUCUGUUUUGUUUUUAGCAACAGUGCCCGGUGGGCUUAGGACCCCCAGUCAACUCGACAUGUGAUCACUAAACGAUAUCUGGUUGUCAUUGAUGGCUUUCUACUCAGUUUGUAUACAUUAUACUCACUUCAUAUACAUAUGUUCAACACAUAACUAUUCUUUACUUUCCGGUGGUUCGACGGCUUUGUGCCAAAUCUCUUGUAACAGAUUUGGUUUACGCUUCAUAAACAGUCAGAAGGCUCUUUGAGGAAUAUUCCACCAACGCCUAAAGGCUUUAUGGAAACUCCAUAUGUGAAUAUGUUGCUGUUAUGUAUCUUUGAUGCCUGGUGAUAUACUAUAAAUAAACGUUGAGCAUAUAAAACGGG